AAAGAAUAGCUUAUACGUCUUUCUCUCUCGCUCGCUCUCGCUCUCUGAGCUUUCUUUCUCUCUCCACCUUCUUUGCUUCGCCUUAGCGGAGAAGAGAAGAGAAGAGAGAGAGAGAGAGAUCAAGAAAGCGCUGAGAAGCAAGUCCAAUCUAAUCCGUUUGAGAACUGUACAUGCGUCUUUGAAAUUCCUGAAAGUCUUUUCGCUUUGUUGCUAUAAAUUUUUGCUGUUGUUGGCGGCGUUGAAGAUGAUAGUUGCAAACAGCUUUGAUCUAUGGCAGAAGGACACCUUCUUUUCUGCGGCCGAGGAGGUUCAGGAGUCUGCUGAUGCAAUGGAAUCAGCCUACAGGAGAUGGGUAAGAGAGAGGAGAGAAACUCUAUCACCAAAGGAUUUGGAUGAACUAUGUACGGAGUUGCAAACUGCUUUAGGUACUGCAAAAUGGCAGUUGGAAGAGUUUGCGAGGGCUGUCAGGUUGAGCUAUGGACAUCGUGGCAAUGACAAUACAACGGCUAGGCAUAGACAAUUUAUUGAUGCCAUUGAAAACCAAAUAUCACUUGUUGAAACAGCGUUAAGGGAAUCUUUUAAUGUGGAAGGAAAGCAACCCCUUCACUGGGUAAACUUGGAUGAAGAUGAACGUGAUGAGUUAGCCACAUUUCUCUCUGGCACCUCCCAGAGCUCGCAAAGUGCAAAAGAUGAAUAUUUAGAGCUCAAACCUUCCAUGAAAAGCUCUCUGUUGGAGAAUCAUGCUCAGAGAAAAGAUGCAGACCUCAAGUACAGUGCUGCCUGUGACACAGAUUUUUCUAAUGAUAUGGAAGGUCUUAAAGAUGUUAGUUGUGUCAAGAAGGAUGGAAAUCAUGUCAUAACGAUAGAAUCAAAUGAAAUUCAUGGACGGAUGGAUGAUGUAAUUUGUCAAGCAGAUAGAAUAACUAAUAAUACAAGAAGAACGUGGAGUUCUCCAAAUUUUAGUGAAUUGAAGAUCAUAAUACCUGAUGAAGAUGAACCUAUAAAUAAACUAAUGCUGAGCGUUGAGGACACACCUAAAGAAAAAGGAUUGAAACCUAUCUUCCGGAAGCAAAGGCGUGGGGAGUUUCUUCAGGUCCAGGGAGUGGUUAAUUUGUUCAAUCAGUUUGGUCGGGUGGGUGGCUUCCAGAGACAAUUGCAAAGUCCACUACACUUGCCGUUCCGUUGUUCUGUUCAAGUUACACUUGCUUUGAUGCUAACUAUUUUUUUGAUUGUACCUUUUGUAUUUUACUCGGCUUGAUAAAGUGGUAUGUUUAUGGCACGUGAUCAAGAUGAGAGGAAUUGGAGCCCUUUCUGAAGCAAGGAAAGUUUGAAAAAGGAUUGCCUGUGACUCCAAAAUCGACAUCUCCUCAAACAUGUAUGACAUUUGGAAGCAGCUAAACCACCUCUUUAAAGUAGCAGAAGUAAAACAGGCAACAAGAAUAGGGUAUCCCACAAAAUUUAAAUACAUUCAUGUUGUCAGCGAAUAUCUGGUAGUGUAAACGUGUAAACAAUACCAUUUGACUCGAUGCUCUAAAAUCUAAACAUGGUUGCUUGUUAGGGCCCCAAAUCCAUGGCUUUAACUUUUAUAGCCUUGCAUAGAAGGGCUUAUCUUCA